CUGGUCUAGGACAACAUCGUUCGGCUUGAGACCAUCUAGCCGGGAUCGUCGGCGUCGUCUAUGAUCCCGGGAAGCCGCUCUAGCAGCGAAGCCUCCGGGAUUGUCGCUCACCGGCGCGGAGGAUGGCGCUGCUGCCGUUUGUGUUCGAGGACUCGGUCUUCGAAGAGGGAGGCGGGGCGUCCAGGGCCGGCAGCCCCCUUGCUUCCCACUAUAGCGCCCGGUGCUGCGAGCCCGAGUGGUUUUGUGAACAGGUAGAUUGCCAGGAUGAUCUUGAAAGGAUCAACAUAAAAAAGUUCAGAGGAGAUCUGGCCUAUAAGCAACAAGAAUUUCAGAAGGCUCUUCAGGAAUAUUCCAGUUGCCUUGCCCUUGUGCCUUCCAGUAAUACUGCCAUGAGAAGAGAUUUGAAAGAGAGCCAGGCCCGCUGUUUAGCUCAUCUGGGGAAACAUGAGGAAGCCUUGAGAAUUGCGGAAAACCUGAGAAAUGGGGCAACAAAUACCGACCAUGUAACAGCCGUACUUAAUCUGCAGUAUGCCAUUUAUCGCCUUCUGGAGGAUAUUGAGAGCAUAAUUGGAUGCUUACAACAAUUGAUCUUGUUGCACCCAUUUCAUCCGCAGACUUGGAAUUUGCUUGCUGAAGCUUACAUGAGUUUGUUGCAAUUUCCGCCUUCUUUGUCAGCAAGAGAAGCCAGUAUGUCACAAAGUGAUGGCUUAAUUGCAGGCAGUUGCCUCCGGGUAGCAUCAGAAGAGGUCAGCUUUGUGUGUCAUCAGACACAGAGCCAGAGGAAGGAUGAUCUUUUGUUGUGUACUGUCCACCCAAAUGACAGCUUUGGAUCUUGUGUGGAAUACCAAAGUGUGCAGAGACCUGUUUGUAUGCUGGGAAAUUCAGGGACACAACCCACAGUGAAGAGAGCUUCCUUAGGGGAGCGAAGAUUGAACAAUAUUUGUAUUUAUGCAUGUGCCUCCUUUGUUAGAGCCAGGCUUUUGCUUCAGCUUAUGCAGUUGACUCAGUCUUCUUUCGCUUUAGAGAAUAACCUGAGAACACAACAGGACAUUGAAGACAAAAUUAGAUUUUUUGAAUUGGAGGCAGAUAGCUUGUCCUUAAUGACUGAGGUUAUGGGAGAAGAUCUUGUUCCGGAAAAGCUGAAAGGAGACGCUCAGGAAGAGGUUAAAUGCCUCUCUUCAGCAGCCUUACCAUCCAUCAGGACUGCAUCCACCGUGGAGUUUGAAAGAAAAUGGUUCCAGAAACUCAAAGAUUGCUCUUCUCACAUGGACUGUCCGACGUAACACCCAAAAUGGCUGCACCGAAGUGCUUCUUCAGUAUUUCAGUUCUGUUUAACUCAUCUGUUGCAAGCCCUUGUGUGGAAGCAGCUUAAAGGUCUCCACAAUGGGCCACCUGUCUUUUAACAGAAUAACAGAAGGGACCUUGGAGAUCUUCUAGUCCAGAAGUGUCAAACACAAGGCCCGUGGGUUAGGAUUAGAGUUAGGGUUAUUGAGCUGGACACCCCGUUCUAGUCCAGCCCCCUGCUCAAACAGGAAAAACCCUAUACCAUUCCAGACAAGUGGUUCAGCUUUCCAAGAGAACAUAUGAACAGGAACUCAGCCCUUCCAUUGUAUCUCUGUGCAUAUUGGAGUGUUUUUACCAUUGGGAAGAAUGAGCCAUUUCAUUUGAAAAGCACUUUAACAUCUGGCCCUUCUUAUGCCUGUUUUUGCCAGCUGUGGUGCCAUCACUGUUUCUCUAUAGACCUUGCCCAUCCUUCCUCCCCAUCUUUUAAUUGAGGCUCGGUAAUUGGAUCUUGACAGUAUUUUAUAUCUUUUAGGUUUUGCAUAGUUUUUAUCUGUUUAAGAUUGUAAGCUGCCCAGUUACCCUGUGGAUGGAUGGAUGGAUGGAUGGAUGGAUAGAUAGAUUAGAGAGAGAGACACACACACACACAGACAGACAGACAGACAGAUAGAUUCUGUUCAAUAGACUUUUAAUUCACCAUUCAAAAAACGUUAAGUCAACAGAGAACAAGAAUUUUUGCACAUUAUUACUACUUUGGAAAUGAUACAUUAAUAUUUUGAAUGAAUAAAAGUGUAAAAACAGUUGACUUGAGAGGGUGGGGCAGGGUGCCCCUGAGCAGUUAGCUCUGCGGGUAACUUAAGUUUAAUCCAUAUAAGUAGUCCUCAACAAUUCAUUUAGUGAUAGUUUGAAGUUAUACUGACACUGAAAAGAGUGACAUGAACAUUUUUCAUACUAAAUGACCGUUGGAGAAUCCUAAUGGUCACAUGAUCAAAAUUCAGAUGCUGUCAUAAAAUGCAGUCAUGUAACUGCAGGAUGCUGCAAAUUGCUGAAUGUUUGAAUUUUGGUCACUUGAGCGCAAAGGGGGCCUUACUGUCAGAAUUUUGGAUUCAGGGCAUAAGUCCCCUUUUUGGGUCAGUUGCAAUCUUGAAGAGUCACUAAGUGACUGAUCAUAAGUCAAGGACUACUUGUAUAUACACACACCGGCACACAAAAACACAAACAAACCCUUUCUAAGUAAUUUAAGGGAGACUUUAUUGAGAAAUCAGCUUAAGAUUGGUGCCUCUAGUAUAUAACAAUCUUAUCCUCAAAUUUGAUUUGAAAAGCUAAAUAAUAUACUUGUAAUAUUGUCUUCCAAAUUUUAAUACCAAUAAAAUAUUUUUCCAUCCCUUUUUAGUCUCAAUAUUCUAAGCUAUUUGUACAACCAAAUGUUAACAAUUUCUAAUCAUAUUAUGCAAAUAUCAAUGGACAGAACAAUACCAGCUACUAAGAUUUAUAACCAUAAUAAAAAGGGAAGGAAAAGCAUUAAAAAAUGCCAUCUUUUGUCUUUUA